CGGCGAUGGCGGCCCGCUGCAAGGCGGACAUCCGGGAGGAGGUGUGGCGGCACCUGGAGAGCUCCGGCCUGGCCGCCUUCCCGCGGCCCGUGCGCGGCCGCAUCCCCAACUUCCAGGGCUCUCUGCAGGCCUGCUGCUCUCUCAGGGAGCUCGAUGUGUUCAGCAGAGCACGGGAGGUGAAGGUGGAUCCUGACAAGCCUCUGGAAGGUGCCCGGCUGGCAGCUCUGCAGGCAGGGAAGACUUUGCUGGUUCCCACACCACGUCUGAGGUCUGGGCUGUUCAACAGGAUUGUUCCUCCCCCCGGUGCAACCAAGGAGAUGCUGAGAAGGUGUGCCACAUCUCAGGGUGUAAAAGACUAUAGCGUGCCUGUGGGGCUGGAUGGGAAAGCACAAGUGGACUUGGUUGUUGUGGGAUCAGUGGCUGUCUCUGAAAAAGGCUGGAGAAUUGGCAAAGGGGAAGGUUAUGCAGACAUGGAAUAUGCAAUGAUGGUGUCCAUGGGUGCAGUGCAGGAGGACACACCUGUGGUUACCAUCGUGCACGACUGCCAGGUGCUUGACAUAGCAGAGGAGCUCCUGGGUGAUCAUGAUUUAACUGUGGAUUACAUCCUCACUCCAACAAAGACUAUCAAAACUAACUGCAAACGACCAAAACCUCAGGGAAUACUGUGGCACAAGGUCAGCUCUGAGAUGCUGGGGAAAAUCCCCAUCCUAAAGACUCUUUGGAGCAGGGAGAAGCAGGCUGGCAAGGAUGUCACCCUCCAGGAUGAACACCCAUCCCUGGCAAACACCAAGAGAGGAACAAUUUCAAACAAGGAGGUGAUGGCUGCAAAUCCCCAAGCUCGGGCUGCUCCAGCCUCAGCUCCAGUGGGACAACCCCACGUGGAAAGUGAUCCUGAAAAUCCCAAAUUCGAGGGAUGUGACACAAUGUGCACUGUGUUUGUGGGGAACUUGCCUGGCAGUCUGAGAGUGAGCGAGCUGAAAAGUGCCCUGAGGGAAUUGCAGGUGGUUCCUGUUGGCUUGAAGUGGCAGGGAGCACAGCACAGGGCUUUCCUGCACUACAGGGAUCAGGGAGCUGCACACAGAGCUGUGUCCUCCUUGCAAGGCCUGAGCCUUGGGGGCAACGCUCUGAGAGUGGAGCUGGCCAAGAGCCAGAGGAGCAAAGGGCAAGGAGGAAAUCAAUGGUCAUAAAUGAGGA